AUGGCUGAUAUACAGAAUUCUACAAGUAUUCGAUUUUAUUUGUAUGCUAAAGAAGAUAUCGAUUCUGUUCAAAAACAAAUGCCAGCAUUGACAAGUGUAAAAGGCACAUCAGUCUUCCAUGAAAUAAUAGCUCAUUCAGAUGGAAAGAUAUUUGCUAAAGCAAAAUCUGACGAUAAAGAAAAAUUAAUAAAAACAAAUUUUGAACUUACGAGGG